UCAGCAGUGAAUUGAGAUGCAUUAAAACUCCACCAGCUUGGAUACAGUAACUGAGGACGGAGAGGAACAGCACGAUAUGCAGUCAUGAAGCGGGCUCGCACUGAGCAGAUCCAGUAUGUCGUGGCUCAGUACCUGAAGAGGAGGCAGUAUGUGGACACUGAAAGCUCCCUGAAAGGAGCCAAGCUCUUUCAGUCAGCUGAGGAGAUGGCUGCCAGCCUCACAGUGCAGACAGAGUCAGGAUGUGCCAACGUCGUCUCUGCAGCACCCUGCCAGUCAGAUCCACAGCAGUAUGAGACGCAGUACUCCCGGCUGCGCUCCUUUCUCUCAGAAGCUGAAAUAUCCUGGGCGAAAGAGGUGAGCAGCAUCCUCUACCCGCUCUUCGUCUACCUCCACCUGGACAUGGUGCGCUGUGGCCUGAAGGGGGCGGUGGACGGGUUUUACAGUCGUUUCCAUGGUGCCUUUCUUCAGGACAGCGAGCAGCGUGCCACUGUAGAGCAGCUCCGCCAUGUUCUCACUGCUCAGGACAUUGCAUCCAAUCCCAAGCUGAGUGCUUUUCUUGAGCACAAGUACGUGGUUCACCUGACGGAGCCGGCCUACAGCUACCUGCUGCGCUACCUGCAGAGCGAUGACAACAGCGCCCUCGGCAGGGCCCUCAGCACACACCUGCAGGUGGAGGUCACCGCUUCGAGGCGCACAGACUAUCAGCUGUAUGGAGCUGCUGGCGGGGCAACAGCCGCCCCAAACUCCACCUCAUCCUGGGCGGGAGUGGACGGAGCGGAGGGUGGGGAGGGGGUGGAGGUCCCCGCAGGGAUCCCACAGAGCGAAGCAGCGCUGGAGGCUCUGCAGGACUGCAUCAAAAAAGUUCGAGAGGGUCCCCCCUCGCUCACAACUGUCUGUUUUUACGCCUUCCACCACACGGAGCAGAUGCUGAACACCGCCGAGGUCUCAGCUGACAGCCGGCUGCUGGCUGCUGGCUUCGACAGCUCCACGGUGAAGCUGUGGAGCCUCAGAGCCAGAAAGCUGAAGGCCAAACCGCAUCAGGCCGACGUGUCGCACAUCCACCUGGCAUGUGAUGUCCUGGAGGAGGAUGUGGAUGAAGAGGACAGCUCUGGCAGCGAGAUAAAGACGCUGCGAGGUCACAGCGGCCCGGUGUUUCGUACCGCCUUCCUGACAGACAGCUCUGGCCUGCUGUCCUGCUCCGAGGACACAACAAUACGCUACUGGGACCUGGGUAGCUUCACCAACACAGCGCUCUACCAGGGCCAUGCCUACCCUGUGUGGGACGUGGACGUCAGCCCCUGUAGCCUUUACUUCGCCAGCAGCUCCCACGACCGCACCGCCCGCCUCUGGACGUUCUCCCGGACCUACCCGCUGCGGCUGUACGCAGGGCAUCUCUCUGAUGUCGACUGCAUCAAAUUCCACCCUAACUCCAACUACCUGGCCACCGGCUCCACAGACAAGACUGUCCGGCUGUGGAGCACGCAGCAAGGGGCGUCCGUUCGCCUCUUCACUGGCCACCGCGGCCCGGUGCUGUCGCUUGCUUUCUCACCUAAUGGGAAGUACUUGGCGUCUGCCGGCGAGGACCAGCGGGUCAAGCUGUGGGACUUGGCGUCAGGGACUUUGUUCAAAGAUCUGCGGGGACACACAGACAGCGUCACCAGCCUGUCCUUCAGCCCGGACAGCAGCCUGGUGGCGUCGUCGUCUAUGGACAACUCAGUUCGGGUGUGGGACAUCCGCAACUCCCACGGCGGGACGCCAGCCGACGGCUCGUCCAGCGAACUGGUCGGACUGUACACUGGAAACACCAGCAAUGUACUCAACGUCCAGUUUAUGGCCUGUAACCUACUGCUGGUGACGGGAACCGCACAGGAGAAGACGGAGCAGUAGCCACGACGUAGCGGUGUUUGUGUUUGGGAGAAAAGCUUGAAUGCGUCCAGAUGUUGGUUUGAAGCUGUGGUCACCAGGCAGACUCUGAGAGGUUAAAUGUCACCACACACCCAAGAAUUUGAUUUUAGAGAAGAAGCAAGGCAAAAUAUUUGUUUUCCUAAAGAGCAAUCAUUCUUCAACCAAAGCAGGUGAUGUCAGUAUUACAGAACUCCUCAGUGUCCCUUGUACCUGAUGAUUUAAAUGUGUACAGCUCUCUGCUGACGUGUACAGCACGGCGGCAAAAGAAAUUAUUGGAGAUUAUUGUUAAUUUUGGAUUGAAAAAGCAAUGUGCACAAAUCAAUUUUACCCAAAAAGAAGAUGAUUCUCGCCUGGGAGAAUACCAGAACGUCAAAAUGUCUGACAUACGUGGAACUUUAAAACGACUUGGGCACUGACUCGUGUUGUGGUGUCAGCGGGUUCCUGGUGGACAGGAUGUUGUUUCUGCUGUGUAUUCUCGAGCUGCACCUUGUUUCCCACUAUAUUGCAAUAACAGUCUGAUCCUUUGAGAAACACGUCUUCUUACUCAGAGUCACAUGAGAAGAUGGAUAUCAGUUCUGUCGCUGUGGUUCCAACGCUACAGACAUAUUUCCCAGAUUAGCAUGAAGCUGCCUAAGUGAGCAGUGAGUUGCACAACGAAACUCAUUCCCUCUUCCUCGUGAGGUGCGUCUUCAGCCAUUAACAUCCACUCCUGCCUCUUCAGUGUGUGCAGGAAACGGCAGCUUUAAGCAACUUGUAGUGAUUCUCAUGGAUCAAGUGUUCUCUUGAGUUAAAGCCCUCCCUGUUUGACCGGGUUUCACCUUCCUUCCACUGCUGUGCAAGGUGUUUUAAUUAAACCUGGCUGAUUUUAUCUUGGUUUAGGAUACAACAGCUGCAGCGAUGAGUGGAUUCAUCGAUCAGUGGAUCGACAGAAAAGGAAAGGGCAGCUAUUUCGAUUAAUCAUCAUUUUAGCAAAAAUCUAAUAUUUGCUGUUUCAAGCUUAUUAAAUCUGACCGUAAUAGACCAAACGAGACGUUCGAGGGUGUGAUGUGGUCUGAGGAACAUCGAAAUGGGCAAUUUUAACUAUUGAAUAGUCUGUCUCAUUUUCAGUGGCACCCAUCCAGUUCUUAAAGGUGUUGAAGGUCAAAAACGAAAGCUAACGAGUGACUGUUGGAGCGUGAAAACACAGGAAACCCAGAGGUUGUUUGUUCUCCUUACUCACGGCAGCGGUGAAAGCUGUCGGUUUGUGUCGGCCUACUGCAGGUAUGAGGGACGGUGUACAUAGUCUCGUUGAGGACUUUUGUAAGAAUCAAAGGCUGUAUUUUUUCGCACUAUUCUGUCAGUAACUGUGCAAUGCUUAAAAAGUGUAAAUAUACUGUAUUUUUGUAGUUUUUGGCUACCAAAAGUUUCCAUCCAGGCUGUGCUUAAUGAGGGCUAAGAAAAAAUACAGAUGUAAAAACUGAUUUGUUUCUGGAUUUAUUUUUCUUUUUGCCUUUUUUUUUUU